AUGGUGACUGUGGUAAAGGACUGGAUUCAUUCUGGCCAACCCCAGGAAUGGAAAAAUAUUCAGAAAAAUACCUGUGAAAAUCAUCUGUGUUGCAAAACCUACAACCAUGAAUCCCUGCAUAGAAGAAACAAAGUAACUGAAUCUGGAAUACAUUCAAACAAAUGUCAUCAAGGUGGUAAAAGCUUUACAUGUUAUGCUGAGCUUAGAGGUCACACCAAAACUAACAUAGUAGAGAAGCCAUAUGAAGGUUACAUGUGCAGAAAAUCUUUCAGUCCAACUUCAAAUUUUAAUCAGCAUGAGGGAACACAGACACAUGAGAAUCAGUGUGAUUGCCAGCAGUGUGGGAAAAUAUUUAAUUAUUUAUCUAAAUUCAGAAGACAUAUUCGAACACACACAGGAGAGAAACCAUUUGAAUGUCAUCUGUGUGGGAAAGUCUUCACUCAAUCAUCUACCCUUAAACAGCAUAAAAGAAUCCACACAGGAGAGAAACCAUUUGAAUGUCACCUCUGUGGGAAAGCCUUCACUCAAUCAUCUAACCUUAAACGGCAUAAAAGAACUCACACAGGAGAGAAACCAUUUGAAUGUCAUCUGUGUGGGAAAGCCUUCUCUGAUUCAUCUACCCUUCUACAGCAUAAAAGGACACACACAGGAGAGAAACCAUUUGAAUGUCAUCUGUGUGGGAAAGCCUUCACUAAAUCAUCUUCUCUUGCCCAGCAUAAAAGAACACACACAGGAGAAAAACCAUAUGAAUGCCAUCUGUGUGGGAAAGCCUUCACUAAAUCCAGUCACCUUAGUGAACAUGAGAGAACACACACAGGAGAAAAACCAUAUAAAUGUCAACUGUGUGAGAAAGCCUUCAAAAAAUCAUCUAGCUUUAGGAGACAUGAGAAAACACACUCUAGAGAGAAAUCAUGA